GUGCGUGAAGGGUUAAAAACAGCGCCAAAGUGUAACCCUUUAGGCUCCGAUCACCUGACAGCAACACGCACGAGGAACGUUUCACAGCUCGCUCUGCCCCGCCCACCCUGACACACACACACCGCAGCAGGUUCCUCCCGCACACAGACGUCUCUGCGCUGUUCUGCAGGAAACGGAACCCACCGGAACCGGACUGAGACCCAGCCGUAGCAAGGUUCCGGUUCUGCUGACGGGAUCCAGAGCGGGUGGAUGUUCAGAGGUUGAUGAGGAUGAUGAUGAUGAUGAUGACAUCCUCACCCUCAGAGAAGAUGAAGAAGAAACCUCCAAAGGACAGUCUGACUCUGCUGCCAUGUUUCUACUUCGUAGAGCUGCCCAUUGUGGCUUCUUCUAUGGUGUCGCUGUACUUCCUGGAGCUGACCGAUGUGGUGAAGCCCGCUCAAGUGGGUUUCCGGUGCCACGACAGAGAUUUGAGUAUGCCGUACGUGGAUGGAGGAGAUGAGCUGAUCCCACUGUUGAUGCUUCUAAGCCUCGCCUUCGCUGGACCUGCUGCUUCAAUUAUGCUGGUGGAAGGAGCAAUCUACUGCCUGCAGUCCCGUCUGAAACUCCGCCGAGCUGAGGGAAGCAUCAACGCUGGCGGCUGCAGUUUCAACUCCUUCCUGAGGAGGACGGUCCGUUUCGUAGGUGUGCACGUGUUCGGCCUGUGUGCGACCGCGCUGCUCACUGACAUCAUCCAGCUGUCCACGGGGUACCACGCACCAUUCUUCCUCACUGUCUGCAAACCUAACUAUACUCUGGCGGGUGUGUCAUGUGACAAGAAUGCCUACAUCACCACAGACAUCUGCUCUGGGCAGGAUGAGCACGCCAUCAUGGCUGCGAGAAAGACGUUUCCUUCCCAGCAUGCAACUCUGUCAGCGUUUGCUGCUGUUUAUGUUUCUAUGUACUUUAAUUCGACCAUCUCAGACAGCACCAAGCUGCUCAAACCCGUGCUGGUGUUUGCAUUUGCCAUUGCUGCAGCGCUGACUGGCCUGACUCAGAUCACACAGCAUCGUAGCCACCCCAUCGACGUCUAUGUGGGCUUCCUCAUUGGAGCCUUCAUCGCCGCCUACCUGGCCCUUCACGCUGUCGCCAACUUCAAAUCAUCUGAUGACAUCACUCCACCCCCACCUCCUCCACCCCUAAAGGCGGACCCUCUCCGAGCACUGACUGAGCGGGGACACGAGUCGGUCUAUAACAAAGGCCCUGCCUCUGCCUCAGAGAGUAACGAUGAGAUAGCAGCAGCUCCGGCUCCCAUGGACCGGCUGGAUGGCCUGGGGCCCCUGCAGAGGGAGAAGGGCUCAAUGGGAAGUCUGAAGAGGGCCAGUGUGGAUGUAGAGCUGCUGGCUCCCCGAAGCCCCAUGGGAAAGGAGACCAUGGUGACCUUCAGCAACACGCUACCAAGAGCUAGCAUGAAUGUAAAUGGUGUACUGGGGGCCAACGAUGCCUCUGAGGAGGCGGCGCAGCCGGUCCAGCCAGUGCAGCCAGUGCAGCGCCGUCUGAAGGCUGUUCAGGUGCCCAUGGACCCUAUGCGGUCACAGCAGCUGGUGUCGGAGUGGAAGCAGAAGUCGAUGGAGAUGCGAGGUAUGGGUGUUCGGGACGAGGCAGAGCACGAAACCAGUGAAGACGGCUCUGAGGUAGGCUCUGUGGGGACUGACGAUGGCGGUUCUCAAGCCCCGAUCUACCAGCCUGCAGUGCAUGCCGGGAGGGCAAACGCAAGUCGCAACCCCACUCCACCUCCAGGGGGGGCCAAAGCUGUGGCAACACCCAGACCCCCACAGAUCCCAGAAGCAGGACCCCCACCGGUUUCUCCAAAAAGCGCCCUAACCCGAGCCAAGUGGCUCGCCAUCCGGGAGAAGACAACCGGGGAGGCAUCCGGGCGUGGUGCUGCCAACCAGCCACGACUCAUGCAAGUCAUUGCCAUGUCCAAGCAGCAGGGCCUCCUGCCGUCCUCGUCCUCUGGGGAGAAGUCCUCCGAAACCACAUCCACCUGCUCUGCCAUCUCCUCCGCUGCCGACUCGCCACACUACCGCCACCCCUUUGAGCAACCACGGGAGGGGCCAGGUAUCAUCACAGUGGAUGCCCAUGCACCCCACUAUCCUGUUGUCCAAGUCCCGCUUCCUCCCCAGGCCCAGCCCCCAUCAGGUAAUGGUAACCCAUGGGAGUGGGUGGGGGCAUCCAAUGGGGGAGACCCACGAGAAACCUACAACCUCUCUAACCUGAAUCGAGGAGAUUCGGCCAGCCGCAGCAGCAGCAGCUUCCACCCACGCCGCUCUGCCUCACCAUGCGCCACUGUCGACCCUACCAUAUCCUCAAGCCCACCUCACCAGCAGGUAGAGAUGUCAUCAGAUGCUCAGCGCAGGGAGAUGGCCAUGAGGCGCAAGACAGCACUGGUUCUGUUGGAUCGAGAGAUCCGUAACCAGACUGAGCAGGAGAACUAUUAUAAGAGUCUGCAGGGACGGAGGUUCAAAGAUUAGCCUGUUACCUUUCAAAAUAAAAGCCUUACUCUGAAACUGGUCACUAACAGCACAAAACCUGGUUGGCAACAAGGAGCGUGAUGCUAUGCAAGCAACAAGCUGUGAGAAGAGGUUUCCACCCAGGAGAUGAUGAGCUCAAGGUUUAGGAGCUCAACACUUGGACAGUUUCUCUUCACAAAAAGACAUCUUACCUCUCAGAGAGUCUAGGAGGACAUCAAUGCUAUUGCAACUAUUUAUUUUUCCAAGUGAACCCACCACAGAGGACCAUAUUAUUAUUAUUAUUAUUAUUAUUAUUAUUAUUAUUAUUAUUAUUAUUAUUCUUGAGAUAAGUUGCUAUCCAAAGAAAUCAUCCCAAGAAGGAUGGAUUCAGUGGUUAUAAACAGAGACAGAGGUGUUGUUCACAUUUAUCAGAUGAUCUCACUGUUUUUGGUCAGUGAUGGUGCUGAGGUACCUCUGCUCUUCCACCCAUUCAGUUUCCUGUUCAGUGACUUUAACUUUAGAAAGGAUUCAGGCUGUGGCUAAAGGACAGUAUUAAUCCUGAAGGAAUCCAAUCACAAACUUCUUUAGACUGACACAGACUGACCCAAUUGUUCUGUGAUCCAGAAAGGAACACCUCCAUCUGUGCCGAAGAGAUGCUGUCCACUGUGUUGAGCCUCUAAGAAGAAAGGAACUCAUUCAAUAAACAGCUCAAAGUCAAAGCACAGAGACAAACUCAAACAGUAAAUUUUUGAAACACCCGAACAAACCCUAACCCUGCAGCAAACAAGAUCCCUGCAACAAACAAGAACCCUAUGACAAACAAGAACCCUCCAACAAGCCUGCGACAAACAAAGAACCCUGUCACAAACAAGAACCCUCCAACAAACCCUAAACCUGCGACAAACAAGAACCCUUUGAUAAACCUGAACCCACUGACAAACUCUAACCCUCCAUCAAACAAGAACCCUGCAACAAACCCUAACCCUGCGACAAACAAGAACCCUCCGACAAACAAAAAUCUUCCAAUAAACAAGAACUCUCCAACAAACCCUAACCUUCCAACAAACCGUAGCCCUGCGACAAACCAUAACCCUGCGACAAAUAAGAACCCAGCAGCAGAACCCAACCCCUCCAGUUAUGGAUUCUGUGAUGGCGGCCAUGUUGGCAGUCGAAUUCAGAUUGUAUAUUUCUUGCCUCUCUGGUGUGAUGGUUUGGUUGCUAUAGUGAUUUUCAGCAUGUUUGUUUGUUUGUGUGUGCUGCUGUCUGAUUGGUGGAGGUUGUGAGCGUUUUGUUUUUGUGUGUGAAUGAUAGUACUUAUUACUAAUGGACCGACAUGAGAUUAAAUCUCGUCACAGACGUUUAGGUUUAAAAAGAAACUAGGUGAUUUUAUUUCAGCUUUAUAAGUGCGAAAGACGGCCGAAGGUUUACGUGCGUGAAUAUUAAUCAAAUGUUUCUUCAAAGAAUCGGAAUGGAAAAUGGUGUUAAAGCCAUGGCUUCACAGUAAAGUUAUUUAUUUCUGUCUACAGAAAGUUUAUGUUUCAGUUAAACAAGAUUACUUAUUUGAUUGAUUAUGCAGGUCCUGAUUGUCCACAGAGAUCAACAUCUCUAUGAAACAUCUGAAACACCAAUUAUAAUUAACGUAGCGUUGCUAAAAAGUUUUUUUAGCUCAACGAUAGUGAUUCAGAGCAAAAUUAUGGACAACUUGUGGUGUUUUGACCAGCUAAACUGACAUAUAUAACCGUACACUUAAUACCAGAUCGAAGUUUCUAUUUUCUUGGAUAAACCUGCAUAUUCUGCCAUCCAAACAUUCAUCUUCUUAGCUUCUUAUCCAGCUUAGGGUCACCUUGUGAUUCAGGUUGGUUUAACUCUGUGAGGUCUUCAUCUGUUAUGACCCCAACCCCCUAACCAUUUCUUUUAAGCCUCGUCCACAGAUGAAAUGAUUCAAUCUGUAGCAGAUGUUUAAUCUCUAAAAAGACUUUUCAGUCUGUAUGAGGUAGAAAGACUUUUGUUGUCCCCUGAUUGCUGAGAUUUAAGAGAACAAUUUUUAAAAUAUUACAUAUUCUGACAGGACAGGAUUAGGGUCAUCGUGAUCAUUUUUUUUUUUGCUGUUAAAAUCCACUGUCUGCAGCAGACAUGGACGAAUAAAGAAAUACCUUAAAGAGAACAUGAAGCGUUCCACAUAUAUAGGCUAAUUCCCAUCAUGGAGACCUGCUCUCAAAAACUGACAUAGAUGUGACUCUGUCUGUAAAGCUGGAUUUAAGAAAUAAGCGAUGAAAUAUAACGUUUUAAAAAUAUGUUUAGCACCAUCUUCUGUCAGUAUGGAACAUGACAGCAUGUGGUUGGUUGGUUUCAGGUAAUAGACAUUAGUUUAGGUUAGGACAGAACUGAUAACGCAGAGGAAAAUAAGGAAACUAAAAACUAAUUGUUGUGUUACUAUGAGUUUAUGUUAAACUGAUUGUUGAAACUUGUUUGGCUAGCUGCACUCAAAUGGGAAAAUCCAUUAGCAUUAAUAUUCGGGUUCGUAAAGCACUUUAGAAACGAGACCUGUGUGGAGGAGAGCCUGUUUGAGCCACCAGAGUGACAAGCUGGAGUCUCACAAUCCAGCUUUUCCUCAUCAGAUUGGGUGUACCAAGCCAUGCAAUCAGCUGGCUACAUUGGAGAUACUGAAGACAUCAAAUGUAGCAAAAACAAAAUUGAUAAAUAACUUUAAAUGUUUUAUAUUUUAGAUUCUCCAAAGAAGCCACCCUUUACUUUGUUGACAGUGCUGCAAACCCUUGGCCUUCUCUCAAUGAGCUUCAUGAUGUGACACCUGAAAUGGUUUUUACUUCACAGGUA